CCCUAUAUCGCCCAUCACUAUUAAAAACCAUAGAGAGAGAGAGAGAGAGAGAGAGGAGAGAAAGGGAAUCGCAUACAUAUUUACGUAUUCUGAUAUUCUAGCAAGUUUUAAAUUUACAAUUUCAAUAUUACAUUUCACGAAUUUUUAUUCUAUUUUACGUGAUCUUCCACGUAACUGUAAAGGAACAAACAGAAAAUCCUAUCAAAAUGCCAGAAACGGAAGAAGAAAUGGGUAUGUCGGUUCGUUUAACGAACGAUGAUUUCCGAAAACUCUUGAUGACACCAAGAGCAUCGGUACCGUCAGCUACUCCGGCCUCUGUACCUGGUACAGCACGGGAUGCCAGUGCGAAGACUGCCCAAACCCCUACUGUCAGUGGAGGCAGUCGUGCUGAAUUGCGUAGAAAAAAGAAAAGUUUCUAUGCAAAAUUGAAAAAACAGGAAGAAGAUAAGAUGGCAGAGUUAGCAGAAAAGUAUAGGGAUCGAGCAAGAGAACGCAGAGAUGGUACUAAUCAGGAUUAUCAAGCUGAAGAUCCCAUGAACAGCGCUAGCGCUUACAGAGCCGUUGCACCAGAUUUAAAGUCUGGCAUGGAUGCUGCAGAGCGUAGAAGACAGAUGAUCCAGCAGUCUAAGUUCUUGGGAGGUGACAUGGAACAUACUCAUUUAGUCAAGGGUCUGGAUUAUGCCCUUCUACAAAAAGUACGUAGCGAAAUCGAGGCAAAAGAACAUGAGCAAGAACAAGAAAUGGAAAAGCUGGUGAAGCCUAAAGAGAAGGUAAAGAAAGAACCAGAAAAGAAGGACGACGAGAUGCUAUUUAAAACAAAGAUUGGCCGGAACGUGUACAAAACCGUUAUGACUAUGAAGUCCAAGCAGAUCGAGAGGAAUGAACUGUUUACACCGGGUCGUAUGGCAUAUGUGAUCGAACUGGAUGAUGAGAACGCUGAUGUUGACAUACCGACGACACUGAUCAGGAGUAAAGCAGAUGUGCCAACCAUUGACAAUACACCCACCCUUACGACUAACGACAUUGUCAUCAAUAAGCUGGCGCAGAUUCUAUCGUAUUUACGCCAAGGUAGUCGGCACAGCAAAAAAGGCAAAAAACCAAAGGAUAAUGCACGAUCGGCCGCACGUGGCGACGAGUUGCACGAUAUGGACAUACAACCGCGACCAUUACAACCGGACGACAGCAUCUAUGGCGACAUCGGUGAUUACGUACCGACUGUGACCAGCAAAAAAGAUAGCACGCAAGUACGAGAGAAGAAGAAGGGUUCUUCAUAUUUCGACAAGCCACUCGAGCCGAAUUUGGAUACCGAUGACAAGGCAAAUGCGCCACAAUUGCCACAGGGCGGCGCGUUACUGCAACAGAAUGGCAGUGCGGCGGCGACGGAUGGCAACGCGCCGAAGAAGGGUGCGUUGCUGAACAAGUUGGCCGCUGAGCCGGAAGGUUACGCCGAGUGUUAUCCCGGACUAGACGAGAUGCAGGAUGCCAUCGACGAUUCCGACGACGAGGUAGAUUAUACAAAAAUGGAUCUGGGUAACAAGAAAGGUCCGAUCGGUCGUUGGGACUUCGAUACGCCCGAGGAGUACAGUGAAUACAUGAAUAACAAGGAAGCACUACCCAAGGCAGCCUUUCAAUACGGCGUAAAAAUGGCUGAUGGCAGACGCACUAGAAAAUACAACAAGGAGAAAAAUGAGAAGGCCGAGCUCGAUCGAGAAUGGCAAAAGAUUCAGAAUAUUAUGAACAAAAGAAAACCAUCUGCAGCGCCCGAAGGCGCACCCGAAUUCAAAGUACCGCGAUAUUGAACCACCAAUUUAUUAUAAUUAUUAUAUACUUUGCUUUUGGCUUUGUAUUGAAGGUUUUGAAGAUUCGCGACAUCUAUCAGUCACCAUUAGGUUCUGACACUAUAAGCGAGAAAAAUUGUUCAAGGCGAUCAUACAAUCUAAAAACUCAUAAAUUCUACGAUUUCGUUUCACAUGUACAUAGGUUAUUUCUGGAUUUCUGGAUAGGGGAUUUCUGGAUUUUUAAAUUAUAUCAUGCAUGAAAUCAUUCACAUAUAGUAAAUUGCGUUUAAUUCCAGAAAAAAUAUGUAAUAAGUUAAUCGUAGUUAAGUUGCGUGUAUAUUAAUUAUUAUGUAAAGAUUGGAAGCAAUCCAAAUAACGUAAGCGAGGAAGUUAUAUAUGUUUUAUCACAUAUAAAGUUAAUAUAAAAUAUGAUUUAUUUUAUAAAAUAUGCUCCAUCGCGUUAAAUGUACAUAAACGUUUACACGUCAAUCAUAACCAGUGAUCCUACGGGAAUUUGUAUGAUUGUCGAAAGUAGUUGAAAAAUAUUAAGAGGAUGCUAUAUUUGAAAAACUUAUUUUUUUUUUUUUGUAAAAUUGACGUCAUAUUAUUUACACAAAAUUACAAAUAGUUUUACACAAUAAAAAUACAUACAAAAAUUGGAGCAUUGCUCAAUGUAUGACAAAAAUAAUAAAAAUUUCAAAAUUGACAUCUCGAGCGAUUAGUUAAUAUUAAUAUUUGCUUGAUACAAAAGUUCUGCAGUACAGUCGCAAAACGAUUUAGACACAAUAAGAGCGUACCGAUAAUCCACAAUGAGAGAACUUAUUUUUUAUUAAUUCAUUCUUUUAUUGGACUAUUAGUUGCAUUUUGAAGUUCACUGUGUCUAAAUCAUUUUGAGGCUUACUGUACAUACCGAAUAUAUUUACUUUGGUCAAGAAAACUUCAAAAGACAUUACUACAUCUUUAUAACUAAAUUUGAAAGUUGGAAAACAUACAAAAACAGACAUGCAUAAAAAAAUAUUUGUAUAUACGUGGUUAAGUUUUUCGUUAAAUAUAGUUAAAGCAACGCACAUUUAUAUAAAAUUUAUAUAUAUAAGAAAUGUGAAAAGGUGGCCUGAUCGUAUCCAAUAUGACGUUAUGAUGAUUGCCUGAUAUGUUAUCGACACUUUUAAAGUUUACAUUUUGGUAUCCCCUUAAUAACUUACUCUAUGAUUUAUUAUUAUUAAUAAAAUCAUGCACUUGAAAACCUUACUUCGAAUAAGUUUGUUGACUGUUGUUCUAGCUGUCGAACGAUUUUUUAAUUUAUUGAAAUAAAUUGUCAAUUAAAUAGUUUUAAAUUUAAUUGGCUUAUAUUAAUUGUCAAGUAAAUAUAAUAAUUAAAACAGUAAUUACUCGAAAACCUGUCCGUAUCAAUAGUUAUUAUUUUAAACUUGUCACAUAUGAGAUAUUCAAAUUUUUAUUCAGAAUAAAAUCCAAUUUUUUCAGUUGAGUUGUGUGAUAUACAUGAUAUUAUAUAUAUAUAAUCGCGAUUUAACUGGAAUACUCUCAUCUAACUCUGAACUCAAAUCUGAGUAUCCUACUUCGCAUACAGAACAAAUAUCCGAAACACAUGUCAUGGAUAUCCUAUAGAUAUCGCGAUUUAUAAGGUAUCCAUGAGAUGUAUUUUGGAUAUUUGUUCUGUAUGGGUAAGUUUCAAAUAGUGACUAUCAAUAGUAAUAACUAUCAGGUCAAUAUGCAUAUAUAUAAAUAGUAGAUAAAUCGAGUAACUCUAAGCGCGUGCAAUAUCGAGAUAAAAAUCAUCACCUCACCGUGUAUAAUAACUUAAAACCAAUUCAAGCCGGUUUGAGGUCGUUAAUAUAAACACUUCAAUCAGUAAA